AUGCCUCUCACCAAUACAUGGGGUUUCUCUACCUCGCUUCUCACCAAUACAGGGGGCCUCUCCACCUCGCCUCUAACCAAUACAGGUUGUUUUUUUCCACCUCGCUUCUCACCAAUACAGAAGGUCUCUCCAUCUCACUUCUCACCAAUACAGGAGGUCUCUCCAUCUCGCUUCUCAUCAAUACAGGGUUUGUCUCCACCUCGCAUUUCACCAAUACAGAGUUUCCCUCCACCUCGCUACCACCAGUACAGGAGGUCUCUCCAUCUCGCUUCCACCAAUACAGGAGGUCUCUCCAUCUCGAUUUUCACCAAUACAAGGUUGUCCUCCACCUCGCUUCUCACUUGUACAGGAGGUCUCUCCAUCUCGCUUCUCACCAAUACAGGGUGUCUCUCCACCUCGCCUCUCACCAAUACAGGGGUAUUUUCCACCUUGCUUCACACCAAUACAGGAGAUCUCUCCACCUUGCCUCUCACCAAUACAGGGGUCUCUCCACCUUGCCUCCCACCAAUACUGGAGGUCUCUCCACCUCGCUUCUCACCAAUACAGGGGGUCUCUCCACCUUGCCUCUCACCAAUACACGGGGUUUCUUUACAUUGCUUCUCACCAAUACAGGGGACCUCUCCUCCUCGCUUCUCACCAAUACAUGGGAUUUCUUCACCUCGCCUAUCACGAAUACAGGGGAUUUCUACACCUCGCCUCUCACCAAUAAACUGA